AUGGUACAGAUUGUAAUGAAUGUUAAAGAAAAUAUUUAUUAUGCCCAGAUACCAGCACAGUCUCUUGACCACUACCCACACCACCUGGGACUUGAGGCAAAUGGUGUGAUGAUAAUGGAGGUUGAACCAGACAUAGAUGUUGAUGAUGAUGGAACUGGGAGUCAGAUGUCACUACCACAGAAACCAGCACAGCCACCACCCAAUAUAGUGUUUGACACAGAUCCUGCCUUCUUCUCACCUGACGAAAAGUUAAAAGUUGGGGUCAUCAGGGAGGAGGACGGGGCUCAGCUGUUUCUGUGCAUGUACUGCCGAGCAAGGUGUGAAUCUGCUCUGGCCCUCAAAAUGCACGUGCGUGUGUAUCACAUGCCCGUGUUAGUAUACGACAAUGGGCUGGGCACCGUAGAGACUAGAUAUCGCAUGGGCAUUAAGUUACAAAAUACCACGUGCACUGAGUUCUCCACCACAGAAAAGCCGUUUGCGUGUCUCUUCUGUGAAUCUUCGUACAAACUCCAGAGCUCCCUCCAGUCACAUUUCCGUGAACACCACAGCCCGCACAAGCCCUUCCAGUGUUUGGAGUGUAAGGAGGGUUUCAGAAGACCCAUAGAGUUAUCACGACAUCGGCUGUACCGGUGCCCUAUGGUUAUUAGACACUUCGUAGCGAUGAUUGACUGGGUCUUUGGCAAGGAUGAGCUUCAUUCUCUCAGCUAA